AUGCCAUACACCGCGCCGUGGAAGCCGACGCUCGCCGCGCAGCACAUUGAGUAUUCCAAUUAUCCUACCGACGGCUGUUCUGAACGAGCUGGUUUAGUUCGUUCGCAGUCGGAACUCCUGCAGAACUCCCGACCUUAUUCUUCAACCUCAUACGUUCGUCGGCAUCGGAGGACCCCGUCGAUCAGCAGCAAACCCACAGUGCGGUCAUCGGAGGAAUCCACCGCACCUCAAUUCAUUGGCUCUAAUACCUCUGUUCUACGUCAGUCCCCACCACCAUUGAACAAUGCAGCUAUUCCACCCGGGGCUAUAAUGUCUCCUCCCGAAUCCGCUCUCAACUCCAGUGACGAGGAGUGCUCCUCACUGCAGCAGGGUAUCAAUAUCGAAGAACUCACAGCUGCAGUCAAGGGUAUAGAGCAACGGAAACCCACAUCACCAGAUAUGGGACCCGCAGAUGAGUUCGGAACCGAGGCUCCAUCCUCAUCAAGUCAAUCACCUUCCAGAUCAAUUCCAACGUCUAUUUCGACGUCAAGCUCAGCUAAAGACAACCUGAAACCCAGUUUGAAGUUAGGCUCGAAUUCCAAUAAGCGCUUGUCGAAAGAAGCUCGGAAGAUCUCCCACUCCCGCUCCUCCACUGAAACAGAUAUCGACCGCAAACGGGAUGAAGUUUUGAUCAGCUCUCCAGAUGACAGUGAUGCCGAGUCUAUCUGCUCAUUGCAGAAGCCGUCUAUGGUGCGGAAGAAGUCUGGUGAGCUCGUUCGCCCGGCUCUUCGGCCUACACAACGGAGACCGUCAAGCAUGCCGGGCACACCAGUCUAUGCCAAGGCGGUGCACUUUGACUCGCAAUUAGAACAUAUUCGUCAUUUCUUGCAGCUUGAUAAGCCCUUGGCCGUGAGUGCCCAGACCUCCCCUGUCGAAACUCACGAUGCCGACUUUGAGUUCCCGUUCCCUAAUGUCGCACCUUCGUGGGAGUGGGAGCUUCGGCUUUGCAACUUCCCAAAAAACCUCCCGUCUCAUCCAACCCACCCCGUCCGCUUGGAGAAGCUAUCUCUGUCAAGUGAUAAGAACGUACUGGUGGGUACUGUGGCGGUGGCAAACCUGUCAUUCCACAAGAAGGUGGCUGCUCGGUUUACCUUUGACUUUUGGAGGACUACGUCGGAAAUUGGCGCCGUCUACUGCCAUGAUAUCCGCCGCAGGCAUGCCCAUGACGGGUAUGAUCGGUUUACCUUUGACAUUAAGUUGAAUGAUCAAGUCGACCUCGAGAGCAAGACGAUGUUUGUUUGCAUUCGUUAUAAUGUCGAUGGCAAGGAGUAUUGGGACAACAACCACGGAAUGAACUAUCAGGUUGACUUUUUUAAGACGCUUAAGAAGCCCUCUAAGCCGUCUGAAUCUCGACCUUCUCUUCCACACAGUCGAACAUUUUCUGGGCACUCGUCCCCUGAUCAUCGUUCUUCCUCUUCAUCCUUUAAUGAUUUCCCCAAGGCCGAGGCCAACGUUUCUUUCAGCAGUCCGUUCACUGGCUCCAAACCACUGAAGAGUAAAAAGUCAGUGGACGACAUCGACACCAUCAAGCCACCCAAGCGUCGAGAAAAACCACAUCCUCAGGCAUUUGGCCAUCGCUAUGACUUUGGGGCUUCAUUGAGUGCUGCGAUGCAAGCCAAGUCUCCCCUUGACCGUACCACCCUGACCGCACGAGCACGGUCUGAAAAGCCUGAAGUCAAGUCAAGUGGAGAGGUAACCGAACCCUCGGGUCAACGUUCUCCUACAUUGAAUGAUAACACAAAUGGAGCUCCGGUGGAGGAUGAGAAACCUGCCUCUCUGUUGAAUGGCAAACCAUGCCUUGAGUCCUCGGUGUACAAGGAAUUGGUGGAUCGGUACUGCUUUUAUGGCUCCCCAAAGUCUCAAAGCACAGCACAGACUGCUCCUGUGAAUGUGCCUAGUCAAGACAUUCCACGGCAGUCCACUCCAAAAACUCUCUCCCCCCUCUCUCCCCCCGAUCCAUCGCACCCAUACUCUCCCCGACUCCUGGGUCACCUCGCCAAUCCUGUUCUUCAGUGUCAUCGGCGCCUAUGA